AUGACUAUUUUUCUAUCCCUUGUGUAUAUGAAGGUUUUUUCCUGAAGGAGAUUCCGAAUGAGUCGUCCUCUUUUUCUCCAAAUUGUAAAUGAGGUUGAACAGCACGAUCCAUACUUCAUCCAAACAACAGAUGUCAUUGGAGUUCUCGGUUUGUCAUCCCUUCAAAAGAUAAUAGUUGCUUAUAGAAUUCUUGCUUACGGAACACCGACAGAUUCUGUGGAUGAAUACAUUAGAAUUAGAGAAAGCACUGUCAUACAGAGUCUAAGAAGGUUUAUGAAAGCUGUUAUUGCAGUGUUUGGCGACCAUUACUUGAGGUCACCAAACAAUAUCGAUAUUGUCCAAUUGUUACAAACGGGGAAACAACUUGGCUUUCUCGGCAUGUUAGGGAGUAUUGAUUGCAUGUAUUGAAAGUGAAAAAAUUGUCAUACCGCGUGGCAAGGUAUGUAUACUGGUCAUUGUCAUGAACCAACAAUCAUUUUAGAAGCUGUGGCUUCUCAAGAUCUUUGGAUAUGACAUAUAUUAUUUGAAUUUUCUGAUUCCUUGAAUGACAUAAAUGUUCUAGAUAGGUCCCAUAUU